AUGUCGGCUCCUUGUCGGCUGCUGCGCGGCCUGAUCCAGAUCUUCGUGCCUGAUAGGCCGAACUUGGACAAGUCCCUGAACCAGCAGUACCGCAUAGCAUUCUACCUGUUCUGGCCGCUGAUUCAGAUUGACCUCUACAUCCUCCGCUUCUACAAAGAUAGUGUACUGGUCUUGCUGGCCUUGAAGGGCUUCAAGUACAUGGAUGCUGCGCGGCGGGUGGAAGGUCUCCUAAACCGGUCCCGGGGGAAGAUCCCCCACCUCACCAAGUUCACCUCCAGGAUCGAGGCUUUCCUCAAGGGCAGCAUGGGCUUCACGAGCAUGGUUUGGGCUUUCUUCCUUUUCCGGGAGCCGCGGCAGGGUGCUUACCACCAGGUGGAGUCCCUGAGCAUGAAGACUUCCAUAAGCAACGUCUUCGUGACUCCGGAGCAUUCGCCUCUGCUGGCAAUGCCAGUGCUUCUGUUGUUCGGUCUCUGGGUUGGUGAUGGCAUGCUCCACCUUGUAACCAUGGCUUCGAAUGCUUUGACUAUCUGUUAUUGCAUUGAUGUGGAGAUGGUGGGCGGUACUGAAACAGAUGCCCUCUAUGCGCCACAAGGCCUUAAGCUGGUCUACAGGGACCUGGGCGGAGGAGAGUCAGAGAGAGAAUUGGCCGAGUUGAUGGCAAAUAAUGCCAUCAUGCAGUAG